GGCAAAUUCUAGAAAUCAAACCAGGGAGGACUCGACACGACGACAACGACGACGCUGCACUGCAAAUCCCUACCUCCGAUACUCCUUCGUUCUACAAAUGGAUGAGUUUUUCAGUAGAAUUACAUGGGAAAAAGAAAAAUUUACUCACUCUCUGCUUCAGUUGGUCAAACUCGAGCGUCUUCUUCUUCCUUAACUUCUCUGCGCCCCUGGCAUCUUGGCCUUCUAUAUGCAAGCUUUGCAACCAAUAGUCUUCAUCCACAGUUUUUUGGUACCCGUCGGAAAGCAUAUUGAUUUCCAGCCAUGUCUUGGUGCACAAUUGAGUCUGAUCCUGGUGUUUUUACGGAACUUAUUCAGCAGAUGCAAGUAAAAGGUGUGCAGGUGGAGGAGCUGUAUUCUUUGGACCUUGAUUCUCUGAAUAAUCUUAGGCCUGUAUAUGGGUUGAUAUUUCUUUUCAAAUGGCGUCCAGGGGAAAAGGAUGACCGUGUUGUAAUCAAGGAUCCAAACCCUAACUUGUUCUUUGCAAGCCAGGUGAUCAAUAAUGCUUGUGCAACCCAAGCAAUAUUGUCUAUCCUCAUGAACUGUCUGGAUAUUGACAUUGGCCCCGAGUUGUCAAAGUUGAAAGAAUUCACCAAGAAUUUUCCACCUGAACUCAAAGGUUUGGCAAUCAAUAAUAGUGAAGCUAUACGCACAGCCCACAAUAGUUUUGCAAGGCCUGAGCCUUUUGUUCCAGAGGAGCAGAAGUCUGCAGGCAAAGAUGAUGAUGUCUACCAUUUUAUAAGCUAUUUACCUGUUGAUGGGAUUCUCUAUGAACUGGAUGGAUUGAAGGAAGGACCCAUCAGCCUUGGUCCGUGCUCUGGUGGGCAAGGUGACAUGGAUUGGCUGUCGAUGGUGCAACCAGUGAUCCAGGAACGCAUUGAAAGGUAUUCCCAAAAUGAGAUAAGGUUCAAUCUAAUGGCGGUCAUCAAGAACCGGAAAGAGAUGUAUACUACAGAACUGAAGGAGCUCCAAAAGAGGAGGGAGCGUAUCUUGCAGCAACUGGCCGCCUUACAGCCAGAGAGACUGGUGGGCAAUAGUAAUGUCGAAGCGCUAAACAAAUCUCUCUCAGAAGUGAAUGCUGGAAUAGAAGCUGCUACCGAGAAGAUCUUAGUGGAGGAGGAAAAGUACAAGAAAUGGAGAACCGAAAAUAUCCGUAGAAAGCACAAUUAUAUACCAUUUCUGUUCAACUUCCUCAAGAUUCUUGCUGAAAAGAAGCAGUUGAAGCCCCUGAUCGAGAAGGCGAAGCAGAAAACUUACAGCACUAGGUGAUUUCUUGUUAACUGUAACACCGGUGCUUGUAUUUUGACUUUAAAACCACAUCGAGGAUUUUAUUGUUAUAUUGUUUUUUUUUUUUUGUUGUUUUCAUCUUUUUACCCCGCGGUUAGCUUGAGACACAUGAAUUUCUUUUAAGGUAUAUCUGCUCCAUAUAUACUUGCUUUCUUUAAGGUAAUGAAAUAUGCUGUUAAAUUA